GUGGUUGCUCUGGGGGACAUACCAGACGGUACGGUUGUGACGGUGAUGGCCGGCAACGACGAGAACUACUCUGCCGAGCUGCGGAACGCCUCGGGCGUGAUGAAGAAUCAGGUGGCGCGCUUCAACGACCUCCGCUUCGUGGGCCGCAGCGGCAGAGGCAAGAGUUUCACGCUGACAAUCACAGUAUUCACCAACCCACCACAAGUGGCCACUUAUCACCGAGCCAUAAAGGUCACCGUGGACGGACCCCGUGAGCCCAGGAGGCAUCGUCAGAAGCUUGAGGACCCGCCCAAAGCAGGCCUGUUCUCGGACCGUCUCAGUGAGCUGGAGAGGAUGAGGGUGAGGGUGACGGUGCCCACCCAAAGCCCCCGACCAACCCUCAACACAACGGCCAACUCCUUCAACCCACAGGGUCAAACGCAGAUAACAGACCCUCGUCAGUCCCAGUCCUCUCCUCCCUGGUCGUACGAACAGACGUACCCGUCCUACCUGAGUCCCAUGGCGUCCCCCUCCGUGCACUCCACCACCCCCCUGUCCUCCAGCCGAGGCACGGGCCUGCCUGCCAUCAGCGACGUGCCCCGACGAUUGCCAGGCUCCUCCGACCUGAGCCCGUUCCCCGGUCAGUUCGAGCGCCAGUUCCCGAGCCUCUCCUCCAUCACGGACAGCCGCUUCUCCGGCCCGCGCAUGCACUACCCGGCCACGUUCACGUACUCGCCGCCCGUCACCUCGGCCAUGUCGCUGGGCAGCGCCCACUACCACUACCUCCCGCCGCCGUACCCGGGCUCCACCCAGAACCAGAGCGGGCCCUUCCAGACCAGCAGCACGCCCUAUCUCUACUACGGCGCCUCCUCCAACUCCUACCAGUUCUCCAUGGUUCCCGGCGGGGACCGCUCGCCCUCCCGGAUGAUCCCGCCUUGCACUAGCGCCUCCACGGGCACCUCCCUGGUGAACCCCAACCUCCCCACCCAGACGGAGGGAGGGGUGGACGGAGACGGGAGCCACAGUAACUCCCCGACCGUUCUGAACCCCGGAGGGCGCAUGGAUGAAGCCGUCUGGAGGCCGUAUUAAAGAUUAGAGUCAACUGAUGUCGCGUUUCAAAGCACAAAAAACAUUUUUAUAUCGAGGAAAAGGGGAUUUUUUUUUUUUU